GUGUUGGAAGGGGCGCAGCUGGACAGGGACCGGCCUCGCGUGGGAUCGGGCACGGGCUGGGGGAAGGGCUCUCCCUGCCAGGGCACGGCUCUCCCCCGCCGUCGGGAAAGGAGUGCCCCCCACACGUGAGCGUGGGGCUCAAGGGACGAAAAGCUGGUGCUGUCUUUGCUUUCUGCUUUCCAGAAAAUAGCAUUGUCCCUGUGUCCUGCAGCCAUCAAGAUUUUAAGACGACUGGUUUUUAGUCUUUGGUAACAUGGCAAAAGAUGCUGGACUAAUUGAAGCCAAUGGAGAGCUUAAGGUGUUUAUAGACCAAAACCUAAGUCCUGGAAAAGGGGUUGUUUCUCUAUUGGCUGUUCAUCCUUCUACAGUAAAUACGAUUGGAAAACAGCUCCUGCCAAAAACAUUUGGACAGUCUAAUGUCAACAUUGCACAACAAGUGGUUAUCGGUACACCUCAGAGACCUUCAGCACAAAAUACCAUCCUGGUAGGAAGUCCACACACACCUAACACACAUUUUGCAUCACAGAACCAGACUGGAGAUUCUUCACCUUGGUCUGCUGGGAAGCGGAACAAAAAAGGCGAGAAGAAUGGCAAGGGUUUACGUCAUUUCUCUAUGAAGGUUUGUGAGAAGGUACAGAGAAAAGGAACCACCUCAUACAAUGAGGUGGCAGACGAGUUGGUUGCAGAAUUCACUACCACUGAUAAUCACAUUUCACCAAAUGAAUCACAGGCUUAUGACCAGAAGAAUAUUAGACGACGUGUCUAUGAUGCCUUAAAUGUCCUUAUGGCCAUGAACAUUAUCUCUAAAGAGAAAAAGGAAAUCAAAUGGAUUGGUCUACCUACGAACUCGGCUCAGGAAUGUCAGAAUUUGGAGGUGGAGAAACAGAGAAGAAUUGAAAGAAUAAAGCAAAAACAGUCUCAGCUACAAGAACUCAUUCUACAGCAAAUUGCCUUUAAGAACCUGGUCCAGCGAAACCGUCACGCAGAGCAGCAGGCAAACCGACCUCCCCCUUCCAAUUCUGUCAUCCAUUUGCCUUUCAUCAUUGUGAACACCAGCAAGAAGACAGUGAUCGACUGCAGUAUUUCAAAUGACAAGUUUGAAUAUCUAUUUAAUUUUGACAAUACUUUUGAAAUUCAUGAUGAUAUAGAAGUACUAAAACGAAUGGGAAUGGCUUGUGGGCUAGAAUCUGGAAGCUGUUCAGCAGAGGACCUAAAAAUUGCAAGGAGUUUGGUUCCUAAAGCUCUGGAACCAUAUGUGACAGAAAUGGCUCAGGGAUCAAUCAGCAGUGUAUAUGUCACAUCUUCAUCAGGUUCUGCGUCAAACGGCACAAGAUUUUCAGCCAGUGACUUUUCCAAUGGUGGAGAUGGAAUGUUGGCUACAAGUUCCAAUGGAUCUCAGUAUAGUGGCUCCAGAGUUGAAACACCAGUUUCUUAUGUUGGGGAUGACGAUGAUGAUGACGAUGAUUUUAAUGAAAAUGAUGAUGACGACUGAUGCCCUUUGCUUGUAGACUAUUUUUUUGUUAAAAUUCAGCAGGCUUCAGGAAUAAAUUGUUCUAGGGAGAAGUGUCUCAAAUUACUUUGCCCCAUCCCCCAAGGAGAAUAUUGGUAAGCAGUUCUGAGUUUAGAAAUUGCACCUCUGAUAAGCAAACAAGGAUUGUUUUAUGUAGGAUAUUUUUAAAUGUGGUGUGGAUGUGUGUUUUUGAUACCAGUGUGUUAAUGCAGAGCCUUUAUUUACUCUUGUUUUAGGGGUUUUUGGUUUGUUGGUUGUUUUUUGUUUGGGAUUUCUUUUUUACUUGAAGGAAAAAGAAUUUUGCCCCAAAUGUUCUUUCAAAGUUUGCUAAAGAAAAUGUAGACACAUCAUUGAGAAAUAAAAUACUAUCCUUCUGUGGAAAAUGAA